AUGGCCGGAGCAAGUUUACCAAAGGAGUUCCACACCAACAAGACCAAAAAUGACCCAGACACCACUCCCAAAAUAGUCAAGAGUGUCAUUUCUUCACGUCCGGCUCCUAACCCAGCUGCAGAUAUUGCCAAGGAGAGAGCUCGUACUGACUGGGACUUGAAGGAGGUUCACGAGUUUUUGGAAGGUAAUGAAGCCAAAUCUAAUGAAAUCUUACGUCUUUACCAGUCGAUUGAACGUGAUCCAAUCUUGCAAACUAGACCAGAACACUUCAACAUCACUCAAAAGGAAGAGAGAGAAUUGGUUGCCAAGAGAAUCGAUAAAAUGGCUAGAUUUAUCGAAAUUGAGCCAUAUGCCAAGUUUAGAAGAAGAUUGCAAUUGAUGACUGUUAUUGAUCCUUCUAUGGGUAUUAGAAUUUUGGUCAACUUGGGUUUGUUUUUGAACUGUAUUAGAGGAAAUGGUACGCAAAAACAAUACGACUUCUGGGCCCACAAGAAGGAAAGCGGAAUCAUUAAACAAUUGUACGGUUGUUUUGGAAUGACUGAAUUGGGUCAUGGUUCCAACGUUGCUGGUUGUGAAACUACUGCAACUUUUGACCCUGCAACUGAUGAAUUCAUCAUUGAUACUCCACACAUUGGUGCUACCAAAUGGUGGAUUGGAGGUGCUGCCCAUUCUGCUACCCACACUGUUUGUUACGCUAGAUUGAUCAUUAAAGAUGUCGACUAUGGUGUCAAGACUUUUAUUGUUCCAUUGAGAGACUCACAACACAACUUGUUGCCAGGUAUUGCUGUUGGUGAUAUUGGUGCCAAGAUGGGUAGACAAGGUGUUGAUAACGGUUGGAUUCAAUUCACUGAAGUUAGAAUCCCAAGAUUCUUUAUGUUGCAAAGAUGGUGUAAGGUUGAUCGUAAAGGAAAUGUUACUUUACCACCAUUGGAACAGUUGAGUUAUAUCUCCCUUUUGGAAGGUAGAGUUGGUAUGGCUGCUGAUUCUUACAGAAUUGGAGCAAGAUUCACCACCAUUGCUUUGAGAUAUGCUGUUGGUAGAAGACAAUUCAACAAGAGUGGCGGGGCUCAAGAAACUCAAUUGAUUGAUUACACCUUGCACCAAAGAAGAUUACUUCCAUACUUGGCGUUGACCUAUGCAGCAGCUGUUGGUACUGACAGAUUGGAGGUUGAGCACAAUGAGUUGUUGGAGAACUUGGACAAGGGUUUAAAAACCAAUGAUAAGUUGUUGUUGAAAAACACAAUUGCUGCCACUAAAUCCAUGUUUGUUGACUCUGGUUCAUUGAAAUCCACUUUGACAUGGGAAGCCUCGAACUUGAUUGACGAGUGUAGACAAGCUUGUGGUGGACAUGGUUACUCAAGUUACAACGCUUUUGGUAAGACAUACAAUGACUGGGCCGUUCAAUGUACUUGGGAAGGUGACAACAAUGUCUUGGCCAUGUCUGCUGGUAAGAGUAUCAUUAAGACUGUCCAACAAGUUUUGAAUGGUAAGAAGGUCAAGAACUCAACCUUGGAGUUCCUUAACGAUGCACCAGAAUUGGCCAAGGCUAAGAAGGCAGUCAUUAGAGUCAAGGACCACGUUGAUGAUCCAAAGCGUGUUUUGAAGGCAAUUGCUGGCUUGAUCUCAAAGUCCUCGCAGGACUUGAUUCCUCAAUCAUACCAAUCUUGGGAUGCCAUUGGUUCACAAAGAGUCAUUUUGUCAAAGUUGAGAUGCCACUACUACCUCUUGGAAACAUUUGUUGAUAGAUUGGAGACCAAGAUUACAGCCAACUCACCAGCAAGACCACACUUGGAAAACCUUCUCAAGUUGUACUAUGUCACCAAUAUCUUGGGUCCAUUCCUUGGCGAAUUUUUGAGAUACGGUGUCAUUUCACCAAGUGUCGCUAGCUACAUCACCAGUGUUUACCCACAAGGUUUGUGUUGGAAGGUUAGACCUUAUGUUAUUGGAUUGACUGAUUCGUUCCAACAACCAGAUAACUUUAUCCACUCGUUGAUUGGUAAGUACAAUGGUGAUAUCUAUCACAACUACUUGUCAGAAGUCAAGUCUGUUAAUGAUCCAAGAGAUCCAAAAGCUCCAUACAGUGCUGCUCUUGAGGACAUGUUGAACAGAGCCUCAUUGGAAGACAGAGAAAGAGGUGAAAAAUCAGAAGCAACUGCAGCUAUCUUGUCCAAGUAA